AUGAAUUUGACAGCUGAUUAUCCAAUAUCUAACUUGGAUAAUGAAAACUAUACAAACUUUUAUGGAAGUAAUAAUUCACAUUGGUAUUAUCCAUUUUAUGAAUAUUCAUUGAAUAAUUCAUCAUCAUCAUCAUCAUUAUUAUUAUCAUCAUCAUCUAACAAUCCAUCAUCAUUAGUAUCUUCAACUGGUGUAUGUUUACCAUUUCAUGUUUACAUUGAUUCAUAUUAUACACAAACGAAUACAAAUGACUAUGAUAUGAAUGGAUUACAAUAUAAUCUAUAUAGUGGUAGUGAUUCAUCAACACGUUCCCUUGAUGAUACAUCAUUGUUAUUGCAUCCAUGUCAUAGUAAUAAUACUAACAGUGAAUCUAUUUCUAUAGAAUAUGGAACUGAUUAUAAUGUAUUAUUACCAGCUACUAUUAGUAAUAAUCAUUUAAUACCAACAUCUUUAUCGUUAUCAUCCACACCCAUACCAUUGUCAUCAUCAUCAUCAUCUUCUUCUGAAGCUAGUGAUACUGUAACCACUACAGCAAGUACAUCAUCGAUUAUAACUAACACUAAAAUCAAUGAUUCUACACCAACAUCAUCAUCAUCAUCGAUGUCCACCUGUUGGUCUGAUACUUCAACUAAUGGAGAAUUAAUAAUUUUGUCAAAUAAUAAUAAUUAUUUAUUUAAUGAAUUUUCAUUAAGUAAUAAUAAUACUGUUGAUACAAAUAUUUAUAAUGUAGAAUAUAAUAAAUUAAAUAUAACAAAUAUACAAAAUAAUGAUAAAUCUUUAUCCAAUUUCUCUUUUCAGUUUAAUAAAAAUUAUGAACAAAGAAAAACUUUAUUAAAUCCUAUAGAUAAUUCAUUUGAACAAUUAAAUAAUUGCCUAUUUGAAUAUCAACAGUAUAAUUGUUUUACUAAACAGGAACAUAAUAAUACUAAUGAUACUAAUACUACUACUGCCAAUAAGAAUAAUAAUAGUGAUAAUAAUAAUGAUAAUAAUAAUACAUAUCAUCACCAGUCAUCAUCGUCGUCAUCCUCCUCAUCGUCAUCUUCUUCAUCAUUAUGUUCCGAAUUAUUAAAAUCUUCUUUAACUAAUUCAAUAAUUACAUAUUCAUUCCCUAUUAAAUGUUCAUCUUCAAAUGAAUUAAAUGAACAACAAAAUUCUAUUUAUUGUUUGAAUAAUACACAAGAAAUAACAGAUUCAUCUAUUAAAAAACGGAAUCCAUUCGAUAUUAUAAAUAAAAAGUAUCAUUUAUCCUCCACAAUGGAAUUAACUAAUCACACUAAUCACUAUGAUAAUAAUAAUAAUAAUAAUAAUAAUAGAUUAAUACAAGAAAAUGAUUAUGUAAUCAAUAAAAAUUAUCUAAAUAAUCAAUCGAUAGAUUAUCAUUUUAAUGAAAUGAAUAUUGUAAAAAAGGAACAAUCUUAUUAUUAUAAAACAUAUUUACCUUCAUUGAUAACAUCAACAAAUGAUUUAAAUUCAAAAACAAUAUUUCCAUCAGAAAUAAAUACAUUAUCAGCAAAGUCAUUUGGAAAAAGUAUGAUAGAUAUAUCAAAAAUAGAUGAUAAAAUAAAAAUGGAGAAAUUAUGUUUUGAUUAUACUAAAGAUGGUCCAUUUUGGACAGAUAUUCAUGAAGAACUAGAACAACAACAACAACAACAAAAUAAUCAUCAGUUAUCGUCAGCUUCAUCAUCUUGUACUUUAACAUCAAGAGAAACGAUAGGUAACUUAAAUUAUUACAAUUCUCAUAAUCAAAAUUGUGAUACAUAUAUUGAGAAAGAAAUCAAUAGUCAUUUAUUACUUAAUACACAAGAUAUUUGCAAUAGUAAAAAGAUGAAUAAAUUAGAUAAUAACAUAUCAUCAAUGUCUGGAGUUACACUUUCAAAAACAACAACUAUGUCAACAACAAUGACAACAGUAAUAGCGACGACGACGACGACAAUAACAACUACAGGUAUGAAGUCUAUACAACCGUAUAAAUGGUUACAGAUAAAACGACAACAGCCACGUCAAAAUAUAACAAAUAACAGUAAGUAUGCUAUUAAUGUCAUUUUUUAA